AACAUUUUGUUCAGUCUUAAGUCUUAAGUUAAAAGAGAAGAUAGCACCAUGUCUGUAAAAUACAUAUUAAGCUAUAGCAAGGAGUAAUUAGCACAAUUAGCUUGAACUGGAAACAGCUAGCCUGGCUCUGUUAAAAAAAAUCACCUACUAGCACCAAAGGUAAUUAACGUGUUCUAUAUCAAUUAGACAACUUAAGAAGUGCUUGUUAGCUGAUUUAAUUAUCUUUGAACAGUCAAGCUAACCUUAGCUGUUUCCCCCUGUUUCUAGUCUGUAUGCUAAUCUAAGCUAACUGGCUAGGAUAGCUUCAUAUUUGCUUUACAGACAGUAAAGUAUACAUUUUUUUCUCAAAUAACUCUGCAAGAAGGUGAAUAAAUAUGUUCCCAAAAUGUUAAACUGUUCCUUUAAUGAAGUAAAAACGUUUUUGUUUUUUUGUUUGUUUGUUUUUUGGUAAUAAGCAUUAAUUUCAUACUGCUAAUAUGUCCCCACUUAAAUCACCUCUUCAAAAGUAUGUGUUUCUUGGUAUGUUACCUUUUUGUUAUAUUGCCUUUUAUUCUGACUUAUUGAGAACAGUUAUCCAAAAAAAAGGUGAAUAUCUGAUUUUAUGUUCUGUAUAAACUGUUUUUUGUUUAGUUUUUUCAAGAUUUAUAUAUGUGCAGCUAUGAAUAAGAGCAUCGUUCUGCUUGAAAAUAACACAAUUUCAGCAGUAACAUAAAAAGAAACAACAUUAGUGCCGGUGUGAUUGCAGUCAGAGCAGCAUCUUGUGACUGCCUGUGUGGAGUUGUAGUUUGUAAGAUGAGGGGAGGAGGGUGUGUGCAGGGAGUCUCUGUUUAUAGAUGUCCUGGCGGAGGAGAAGAAGACCGUUUCAUCAGCUGUGCUGCAGAUCAGAGAGGAGCACACUCAGUCGUCCCACCUCUGCCAUGUGAUUCUCAUUACUGAAACUUCUGGGGAAGGAUUCAACUGUGGAAGGCUUAAGUCAAGAGAAAUACAUGACGAAGCAAGGACAAGGAGACGGUGCCGGCAUCCCCCUCUCCUCCCCAACAGGGGGCACCAGUGUGCAGGUUUACCAUGACUACCAGAAGGUGGCUUUUAAGAUGUAUCCUGGGAAUGGCCACGCCAUAGACAACAGCUCCUACACCAGGAGAGACCAGGUCACCAACCAUGAUGGCACAGGCAGGAUGUCGUCUGUGCCAGACUUCAUCUCCAGCAGUCCAGACCAGAGGUACAGCACGAAAGAGCAGCAGAGGAACUCCAUGUGGAUGACGGAUUCCAGCAGCCAGGCAUAUUCAGGGCCAGAGGACAACUCCACAGACCCACAUGAGACCCUAACAGAGACUUCAACCCUGACCUUUGUGGACAGCCACACAGAGAACCAUAGCCUCCAUGGGGUGGGGAUGGUUUACCUCAAGGAGUUUGUGCUGAUAGAUGAUGAUGAUGAUGGAGAUAUGUCAUUAAGAGAGAAAACGGUCACAGAUUUGUCUGUCAUGGAUGGAAAAGCUGCUGAGCUGGUGUGUGGGAGGCUGUUGUCCACCUCCAGCGGUUCAAUGUCAGAGUGUAAGGAUGAAUCUCCGGCUCCUGAGGUGCCUCCACCUGAAGAAAGCGAGCCUUCACCCAAAAAGCAGCCCUGCUGUUUCUGCAUCCUUUUAUGACCCAUCAGGAGUUGAAAGGUCACAGAUUUAAACCAUGCAGCACCGACUGUGUCCAAGAACAGGACUGUGAAGCCUCUGUGCUCUGAGAACUCUGGUGCAACAUGUACUGGACUUACAUUUA